ACGCAAUCACUCAGACAUACGCAAUUACGUUGUUUACACGGUUGCGUACUGGCUUUAGGCUAGCUAAAACCUUACACUUAGCAACGUUGGCUCUCCGUUUAGUGUUUGUAUAAUUGUAGCCUUAACCCGAGGUUGAAUCUUUAUUUUUUUGUGCUGCAAUAUACUAUUUGUUAACAUUUUAAGUUGUUUUUAUCGCGACAGUGUCGCCCUUAGCCUUUAAGCUAGAAGGCUAAGCGGCUCCAAAAUGGAGGGUAGCGCCAGUGUGAGGAGGGCAUUGUCCGGGACUCUGGUACCUGCAACGGUCACAACGAUGGCCUUAUGUCAACCUGAGGAGCAAGAGAAGGGGAAGCUGAAUAGAAAAGUUCUCGACGAAGAGGAUUAUAUUCAGAGCUUGGAGAAGAUUAUCCAAAGGGACUUUUUCCCGGAUGUCACCAAACUUCAAGCGCAAAAGGAAUACCUUGAAGCGGAGGAAAAUGGAGACCUUGAGAGGAUGAGGGAGAUAUCCAUUAGAUAUGGAUCAUCGUUGAAUAAGUCUACACCACAAACCUCUGCACCUUAUGUGACCCCCGCCAGCUUUGAGACACCAGUGGGUCACGCAGGCUCGCCCUCCUCCACUUACAGCAAUAAAAUGUCAGACGUGGAGCGGAAGGACAACGACAAAGACGAAAAACAGCUGCCCACUUUGGAUCGCUUUCUUGCUAAAAACACCAGUGAAGAUAACGCCUCCUUCGAGCAGAUAAUGGAUCUGGCAGACGACAAGGAUAAACUGAAGCACGCCUGGUUGUAUGAGGCAGAGGCUGAAUUUAAACAGCGCCACGAGGAGAACCUCGCCCUCCCAUCGAUGGAGAAAGCUGCUCUUGAAUGUGUCAAAGCGGGGCUCGAGACGUGGGAGUACAAAGCGAAGAAUGCCUUGAUGUAUUAUCCAGAGGGUGUUAAAGAUGACGAUGCAAUUUUUAAGAAGCCAAGAGAAGUAGUGCACAAGAACACUCGGUUUGUCGGAGAUCCAUUUAGCAAAGCACUGAACAAAAGCCAAAUUCAACAGGCUGCAGCCCUCAACGCUCAGUUCAAACAGGGUAAAGUGGGACCUGAUGGGAAGGAGCUCAUACCACACGAAUCCCCAACAGUGAAUGGAUAUGGUUUUGAAAGGACUCCAUCACCUGCACCAGGUGUCGCCGAUUCUCCUCUCAUGACCUGGGGUGAGAUUGAGAGCACCCCGUUCCGUCUGGACGGAUCAGACUCGCCAUACAUAGAGCGAAACCACGGCCCGUCGUUCAAGAUUCCCGAACCAGGAAGACGAGAGAGGCUGGGUUUAAAGAUGGCUAACGAAGCUGCUGCUAAAAAUCGUGCAAAGAAACAGGAGGCAUUGAGAAGAGUUACAGAGAACCUUGCAAGUCUUACGCCUAAAGGUCUGAGCCCGGCUCUCACACCCGCCCUGCAGCGGCUAGUGAAUCGGACUUCCAGCAAAUACACAGACAAAGCGCUGCGGGCGAGCUACACGCCUUCGCCAUCGCACAACGUCACUCCCUGCAAGUCUCCCUUUGCCGGACCGGCCACUCCCACAGGAACGCCGACGCCCUCCAAAGCCAAGACGCCGAGCUCUCAGGACCUCACGUCGCUCACGGACAAUCUGCUGCAGCUUCCCAAGAGACGCAAAGCCUCAGACUUUUUCUAAGAGAAGCUGCUCUCUGUUCAAACUGUUGAGGACUUGUGUUAAAAGGAAUCUUCAUUAAAAAAUUCCCAGAAAGGGAUUUCUCUGGUUAAGUUAUGUAAAAAAAAAAAAAAAAAAAAAAACAUAUUAAUAGAAAUGUCUGAAGAAUUUCUAAUGUUUUUUGUAAAUUCAAUGACGUCCCUGUUAAAUGCAUCUUCUUCACUUUUUUUUCUUUUUUUUUUUUUUCUUUUUCAAAUGGAAAUUGUAAGAUUGUUAUGUAUAUUUAUUAUGAUCUUGUGUGGCUUUUGAAGAUCACACAAACACACAAGACCAGAAAGCCAACCACGACAUGUUAGUUUCUGUAGCCGUUACGUACAAAUGUUACAGAAUAUCACACCUUUGGGUUUUUUUUUUUCUAUUCAAUACGUAGCAUGGACUCCGUUAGGUUUGCAGUUAAUGUGGUCAUUUGGUCGAGAAUCAUGUUUCAUUCAUUUUUACAUGAAUAAUUGAGCCUUACUUUAUGAUGGUAUAUAGAAUGAUGCAUACAGAAUUAAAUUAAAAGUAAAGGUUGAAAUGGACACAUGGCAACCCCAAGAUGUCACUCGUGAGCUUUGAAGAUUUUUUUUAUCUCUCCUUUACUGUUCUGCUCACAGGACAAAGUAAUAGUUGGUCCUUUUUGCUUUGACGGUAGAUCGAACAAGUUUUGGGCCUUGUGUCCAUUUCCGGAGUAAUGAGGAUUGAGAGAUUGGAUUUGCAUGAUUAAAAUGCUCUCAUGUCUUUACCAUUUGGAACAGACGUCUUUGAACACCAAAGAAACAGGAAUUCAUAGACUAAGCAUGUAGAUACACACAAAUCGUCUAGAAAAGUGGAGUAAUAUACACUUUAAAGUGACAUCUAUUUCAGGAAUAAAGCUUUCUAUACCAACCUGGCGUUAUUAAAAAAAAAAAAAAACAUUGCC